UUCCAGGAAGAGAAGGAUCGGAGCCCUGUGUAAGAGGUAAGGUGAGUAGAUCUGAGAGAAGAAUUAUAAUACAAUCAAUAUGCUCAAAGGAUUUGUUACACCAACUGCUGUUGUAUAUUAAAUGUAUGAUGUAUGUCAGUACCUUCAAAACAGUUGCCUUAUCAACAGUGGUGGGUUAUUCCACAAUGGCAAGGGAGGCUUUAGAGUUGGAUUUUACUUAUAUGAUUUACAAAUAUAUUUGUAUUUUUAGAGUCCAUAAUUUUGCUACAAUUACUAGUGCUUUUCUCUGAAUUUCACUGAUUAUUCAACAGGAUCAUUGUGUCUAUCAGUACAGUAGAAGGAAGAGGAAGUUUUAUUGCCAGUUAAUGACGCAGGUACAUUUCUUUGUGUGUUAAUGAAUAGGACUCAUUACCUGGCGGUAAUCUUUUGGAGGGUAACAUGGAUCAAUCUAAAACAAGCAGUGAAGCCCAACCCCCACCGCCCUACUCUCAGGACUAUAGGCAACAGAACACCUAUGGCCAGCAGAACCCCUAUGGCCAGCAGAACACCUAUGGCCAGCAGAACACCUAUGGGCAACAGAACACCUAUGGCCAACGGAACACCUAUGGGCAGCAGAACGCCUAUGGUCAAAACAACUAUAGUCAUCCCCACUAUGGUCUGAACGUUGGCCCUGGCAACAUAGCGGUGGUCUCUCCAGCGGGUCAGUAUGAUGACAUGGGUCAGGGUCAUCCUGAGGAACAGCAGCAACAUUGGGCUCCUCCACUACCACUACAGGCUGACUAUUCCACUGGGCUGGAGGACACCGGCUGCUUUGAUGACAAAGCUAUAAGAAGAGGUCAGUCAGUGGCUGCGACUGAAAUGACACCCAAUUUACUGUGUAGUGCACUACUUUUGACCAGCGCCCAUAGGGUUCUGCUGAAAAGUAGUGCACUAUAUAGGGAAUAGGGUGCCAUUUGGAACUCAGACAGUGUUUUUUUGGUUGGUGUCCUCGUAUCAUGAUGAUCUGGAGCCGCAUCAGUCCUUGAAGUGUAGGGGUGCUGAUUUAGGAUCAGUUUUGCCUUUAAGAUCAUAAUUAAUAAGAUCGUGUGGACAGGGUGAACAUGAUCCUAGAUCAGCAACCCUACUGUGAGACACUUGAUACACAUGGCCCCUGGCGCUAUUGAUUAAACAAGUGUUGUGGUGAAUGCGACCGUAAUGCUCUGCUCCAUGUUAAUGCCCUGAAGUAAACUAGUGGGCCUACGGUAAACAUCUGCUCACAGUUAAGGGAUUUGUUUCCACAGGCUUUAUAAAGAAGGUGUAUCUGACUUUGAUGAUUCAGCUUCUACUCACCUUUGGAAUCAUCUGUGCCUUUCUGUAUUGGUGAGACACUGACACUUUCAUCAUUACUCCAUUUACAGUGUUCGACACUGAGUGUUACCCAACUUUAACACUUCAACACUUUAAGUGUUACCCAACUUUAACACUUCAACACUUUAAGUGCUACCCAACUUUAACACUUUAAGUGUUACCCAACUUUAACACUUUAACACUUUGUUACCCAAUUUGAACACUUCAACAUUUUAAGUGUUACCCAACUUAAAAGUGUUGAAGUGUUUAAAGUUGGGUAACACUUAAAGACUUCAACACUUGCAGUUGCCCAACACUUUGAAGUGUUGAAAGCAGUUCCUGUUAGAUUCAAUGUUCCAUUUUAAGCUCCACAACACCACAGCGUUAUAAUAAUGUACCUAGAAGGAGUGUAUAAAACAGAGAGAUGAAAUGUUCUCUGUAAUUGCAGGGAGGAUCUGAGGGUCUGGUCCAGGAACACCUACUGGUUUUCUUACUCCAUGAUGUAAGUAACGGCAUGACAACCACUGAAUCCUUUUAACAUCUCUCUGCUUUGACUCCUGAGCCAGUAAUCAGAAACCUUCUCAGAGUAGGAGUGCUGAUCUAAGAUCCGAUUGGUCUUUUAGAUCAUAAUGAAUGCCAUGACACGGACAUGGGGCCUGAUGUUAGGUUAGUGCUCCGACUCUGAGUGGUUCUAUGAAUACAGGCCCUGAUGUCUAAACUAUUAUAUGAAUAUAUUGUAUUGUUUUCUCCUGAACAGGGCAGUGGUGCUCGUCCUCAUAAUAGCCUUGUCCUGUUGUGUCAAUAUACGUCGGAAGGUCCCGCUCAAUUUCAUAGCCUUGGGACUGUUUGUAAGUAUCCAUUCCAAGAAGGCAUCAAUCAAUGAAAACAAGUUGGUUGUAUUUUCUGACCUUUGUGUUAUUUUUCUGUUUAGACCAUUGCAGAAGGUCUACUGCUGGGCUCUGUGACUGUGUGAGUACUGUAUGCCUCUGGAGUGAACCUGAUGUACUUUCUCUCUGCUAUAUAGACUAAAUCCUUUAUAAACCAGCAGCUUUAUAUGUCACCUGUCAGUCAAAGUGAACUCAUGCAAAUGGCGGUUUGCAGUAUAAGCUUAUGGCUAAAUCAUUCCUCCAUGGCGGUUUGCAGUAUAAGCUUAUGCCUAAAUCAUUCCUCCAUGGCGGUUUGCAGUAUAAGCUUAUAGCUAAAUCAUUCCUCAAUGUCGGUUUGCAGUAUAAGCUUAUGGCUAAAUCAUUCCUCCAUGGCAGUUUGCAGUAUAAGCUUAUGCCUAAACCAUUAUUCCACCAAAGGAAACCUGACUCUAAUACAUCCAGUGAUAUUUCAGCAUAGGGUUGAAAAACUCUGGUAACUUUCCCAAAAUUCCCAAGUUUUCCAGAAAUCAUGGUUGGAGAAUUCCUGCUUUCCUGCUUAUUCCCUACCAAUUCCGGGAAUCGUCCAACCAGGAUUUCUGUAAAAGCCUGGGAAUUUUGGGAAAGUUACAGAAAUUUUGCAACCCUAUUUCAGUGAAAGAUGACAGUUUGGUUUGUGUUGCAGGUUCUAUGAGGCGGACGCUGUUAUGUGGGCUGUGGGCGCCACAGCACUGGUCUCCCUAGCUCUGAGUGUCUUUGCCAUGCAGUCCAGAGUACGUCCUCUCCAUAGAUAUAGAAAGAUGGCACACUUUAAAUCCUUGUAAUGGCCGUGUUCUGUGAAAGCAUGGGCAGCGCCAUUGUGGCUAACUCCAUUUUAAAGUAGUCAAUUUCCUCUCCUACUUGUGAGUGUACUGGUAAUCCAUAAAGAAACAACAGCAUGCUGCAUAUCACCAUCUACUGUGCUGCUGUGUGUACAGUCUGAACAGGUAUAAAGCCAGGUUGGUGAUUUACUGCCACCUGCAGUUAUGGAAUGCUUGCUCAGGAGUUUAAAUCAUUGGCUGACCCCUCCUGAUGACCUGGAUGGAAUUCUGUGAUCUUCUUAACACAUAGGGAGUCUCACCCAAAUGGCUACUUAAAAAUGGGGAGAAUCUCAAUAGCGUUUCCUUGAUUUCUCGCGUCCUCUCUCCUCGCCUCCUUCUCAAAACCAAUUGGAUGACAAGGUCAGAGGUCCCUCCUUCUCAAAACCCAUUGGAUGAGAAGGUCAGAGUUCCGACCUUCUCAUCCAAUGGGUUUUGAGAAGGAGACGAGGAGAGAGGACGCGAGGAUUCAAGGAAAUGCAAUUGCACAUUUUCCCAUCAGAGGGGUGUUUCCAUCAGACUGACUUGUUGCGGAUAAAAUGCUGUGUGUGAUGAGAUAUGGCAUAAAAAAACCUUUUGCGGUUAGGGUUAGGGUUCCCAUGAACCAGACAUUCAUUAGACAGUUUGCUGAUGAAGUGGACAGAGUAGGUUAUAUGUUGAGAUAUGGAUAAAAGUUUUUUAUUUGAUAAUUGGCAGCCAAAAUGCAUCAUACGGCCCACAUUUCUGUAUUUUGAAAGUAACAUAUCUUGAAAACAUGCUAUAUCAACAAUAGACUAAUGAAACAAAUAGCGAAAGAUAGUUUUUGGGUGGAGUUUUGCUUUAAGCACCAUAAGUUAUGAAAUACACUGAGUAUACCAAACAUUAGGAACACCUUCCUAAUAUUGAGUUGCACCCCCUUCUGCCGUCAGAACAGCUUCAAUUCAUCGAGGCAUGGACUCUACAAGGUGUCGAAAGCAUUCCACAGGGUUGCUGGCCCAUGUUGACUCCAAUGCUUCCCACAGUUGUGUCUAGUUGGCUGGAUGUCCUUUGGGUGGUGGACCAUUCUUGAUACACACGGGAAACUGUUGAGCGUGAAAACCCCAGCAGCAUUUCAGUUCUUGACACAAACCAGUGUGCCUGGCACCUACUACCAUACCCCGUUCAAAGGUAAUUAAAUAUUUUGUCUUGCCCAUUCACCCUCUGAAUGGUACACAUACACAAUCCAUGUCUCAAUUGUCUCAAGGCUUAAAAAUCCUUCUUUAACCUGUCUCCUCCCCUUCAUCUACACUGAUUGAAGUGGAUUUAACAAGUGACAUCAAUAAGGGAUCAUAGCUUUCACCUGGAUUCACCUGGUCAGUCUGUCAUGGAAAGAGCAGGUGUUCUUAAGGUUUUGUAUACUCAGUGUAUUCUAGUGAGUCUGUCGACAAAAUUGUAACUAAAAGGUACACUGUAUUUUGUAAGUAUACUCAGUGUAUGUUAGGCCUAAAGUUCAUAACUUAUUCCAUCUGCCUAUAAACUCCACAUGCUUUUCCACAUGGUGGUGGUAGUGUCUACAACUACACAUCAUUUUACAUUUUACAUUUUAGUCAUUUAGCAGACGCUCUUAUCCAGAGCGACUUACAUGAGCAAUUAGGGUUAAGUGCCUUGCUUAAGGGCACAUCGACAGAUUUUUCACCUAGUCGGCUCGGGGAUUAGAACCAGCGACCUUUCGGUUACUGGCACAACGCUCUUACCCACUAAGCUACCUGCCGCCGUCAAUAUCACGUGACUCCAAGUUUACUGCCAUAUGAUGGUUUUUAUAUCAAUAUUUGCACAUAAAAGCGUUUCCACCUUCAUUUCUCACGUUAUACAUUUUACUGACACAAAAAGAUCCCACCUUUGCGGUUUCCAUCCGACAUGUACUUUACUGGCAUACAAAGGUUGGAAGGAAACAUGGUUAGUGACUGUGAUCUGUGGUUGUCUUACCUACAACUACAUAUUACAAAAGUAUGUGGACACCCCUUCAAAUUAGUGGAUUCGGCUGUUUCAGCCACACCCGUUGCUGACAGGUGUAUAAAAAAAUUGAGCACACAGCCAUGCAAUCUCCAUAGACAAACAUUUGCAGUAGAAUGGCCUUACUGAAGAGCUCAGUGACUUUCAACGUGACAACGUCAUAUGAUGCCACCUUUCCAACGAGUCAGUUCGUCAAAUUUCUACCCUGCUAGAGCUGCCCCGGUCAACUGUAAGUGCUGUUAUUGUGAAAUGGAAACAUCUAGGAGCAACAACGGCUCAGCCGUGGUAGGCCACACAAGCUCACAGAACGGGACCGCCGAGUGCUGAAGUGCGUAAAAAUCGUCUGUCUCAUUCGAGUUCCAAACUGCCUCUGGAAGCAACGUCAGCACACAACAACUGUUCGUCGGGAGCUUCAUGACAUGGGCUUCCAUGGCCGAGCAGCGGCACACAAGCCUAAGAUCACCAUGCGCAAUGCCACGCGUCGGCUGGAGUGGUGUAAAGCUCGCCGCCAUUGGACUCUGGAGCAGUGGAAACGGGUUCUCUGGAGUGAUGAAUCACGCUUCACCAUCUGGCAGUCCGACAGACGAAUCUGGGUUUGGCGGAUGCCAGGAGAACGCUACCUGGCCUAAAGCACAGUGCCAACUGUAAAGUUUGGUGGAGGAGGAAUAAUGGUCUGGGGCUGUUUUUCAUGGUUCGGGCUAGGCCCCUUAGUUCCAGUGAAGGGAAAUCUUAACACUACAGCACACAAUGACAUUCUAGACAAUUCUGUGCUUCCAACUUUGUGGCAACAGUUUGGGGAAGGCCCUUUCCUGUUUCAGCAUGACAAUGCCCCCGUGCACAAAGCGAGGUCCAUACAGAAAUAGUUUGUCGAGAUCGAUGUGGAAGAACUUGACUGGCCUGCACAAAGCCCUGACCUCAACCCCAUCAAACACCUUUGGGAUGAAUUGAAACGUCGACUGCGAGCCAGGCCUAAUCGCCCAACAUCAGUGUCCGACCUCACUAAUGCUCUUGUGGCUGAAUGGAAGCAAGUCCCCGCAGCAAUAUUCCAACAUCUAGUGGAAAGCCUUCCCAGAAGAGUGGAGGCUGUUAUAGCAGCAAAGAGGGGACAAACUCCAUAUUAAUGCCCAUGAUUUUUGAAUGAGAUGUUCGACGAGCAGGUGUCCACAUACUUUUGGUCACGUAGUGUACAGUUGAAUGCACUGACUAAGUGGCUCUAGUUAAGAAUGUCUGCUAAAUGACUAAAAUGUAGCUUACUAGUAGUCUACCGUCUUCCCUAAUUUCUGUUAUAGUGGGACUUCACCUUAGCCAGUGGGGGCUUGUGGGUGUUCGGUUGGACUCUCAUAUCCUUUGCAUUGUUGUGUGGAAUCAUGCGAUCCCAGGUAAGUCAAGCCAUUUCACAGGUAUACCAGCAUGUCCAAAAAAUUUAAAGGGGCAAUCUGCAGUUUAAACAAUAACAAAGCCACAACCUGCCACUGUUUUGGUAAACAGCUGAUGAAUGGGUCUGGCGAAAUGUAAAUGUAAUGUACCCACUCUCAAAUUCAUAGACAGAUCUAAGGAUGCAAGGACUGGCCGAAAAUCAAUGUACCUAUCGCAGAUUGCCCCUUUAAAACACAGUAUUUUAUAUUGUGUAUUGUAUUGGAGAUUGAAGAACAUUAACUAUGUUUCCGUUUUAGAAAUACACUUGUUCAGAACUAACUUAGUGUUGUGUUUUAAUCCAUAGUACCUUUACAUUGUGUAUGCUUGCCUGGGGACCUUGCUAUUUUCUUUGGUAAGUAACCUUCUUCCUACAUCUAUUCUAUUCAUGGUUGUUGUCAAAGCUAUUAAUUUGGCCACCUUCAUACCACCAAGCAAUAAACAUUCACUGACAUCUAUAUAAGAAUGUAUGUAAGGUUUCACGAGUCCUUUAUACACAAUCUUUAAGAAGCUUUGGAAUGGUCACCCAUGUGGGUUUUUAAAAUGAAAAGCUGUUUAUGACUCAUUCUGUAAGCAGGUAGAAACAGUAAUGUAUUUUUGUAGCAAUUGAACAACUGAUUAGUGUAUAUUUGUGUCUCUCUCCAGUACCUGGUGAUGGACACCCAGCUCAUACUGGGUGGGAACCACAAAUACAGCAUUUCACCAGAGGAGUACAUCUUUGCGGCUCUCAACCUGUACCUGGACAUCAUCUCUCUGUUCACUUUGCUACUGUCACUCAUUGGACUCAGCCGUUAACUUAAUACAUUGUCUUACGUCUGAUAGCGCAACAAGCCACCUGUCCUGAUCCGUUGAGGAGGAGUUACACCAACUGUCGAAGACAAUGCCUUUUAAUAUGGAUCAGCAUCAAAGAUUCAGCCAGAGAAAGCACUUCUAUGUUUCGUAUUCUUUGAUGUAUAAAUUACCCCAUUGACAUUCCAUGUUAUGCAACUUAGUGCCUUCACUAAGAAUUCACACCCCUUGACUUUUUCC